AGGCGCUCUUGGCGCUGCGGGCCCCCUGGAUCCGUGAGACUUUUUUUUUUACCACUUGCUAACAAAAAGGGUGUCAGGAAGGGCAAUAAUAGUAUCCGCACCGGCUCAGCGUGAGUUCUCCCGCCCCAUUUUAUUUGCAUUCUCUCCAGUAACACAGUCUUAGUUCAGAUGACACAAUGCAUCAUUCCAGUCCAGAUGGCGGUAAUGAGUUGAUAUCAUCAUCGGCCAGCGCUUCAUUCCAAGCUGUUUCAGGGUCCUUGGAAGUGGCUUCUACUGCUUCAGCCGACCAGACUGCGGCAGACGCGCACGAGACUUGUGCGCAGUGCGGCGAAUGUUACCGUUAUAAGCCUUUGCUAGCAUGGCAUGCUAGGUAUUAUCAGCAUAAGGCAUAUCUGUGCCCACUCCAAGGCUGUGGUAAGGGGUUCAUAGCGGGAGGAGAGCGCGACGCUCAUCAGCGCCGACCUCAUCUUGAAGGCCAUGAACGCGUUGAAAUGGGGCAUCCGUUUGCUUGUGUAGAGUGUUCGGUCGAGUUCAAGAACAAGUCCAAACUUGAAGAACACGCCACUGAAGCACAGCACAAACCCUUUGCUUGUUCGUGCGGCAAGGACUUCUCUCGACUCGAUGUUCUCAACCGACAUCUUGACUCCAUGGGGACCGACAUGCCGAAAUACCCUUGUCUGUUCUGCAAAAGCCAUCGGGACGAAAACGGUUUCCGAAGAAGAGAUCACCUUCUGCAGCAUGUGCGCGGCUACCACAAGUUCGAAGCUGAGGGGAAAUUCGAAGACAUCUUGUCUUCCCGUAGGGGCAAAUACCAGACACCGCCUGUUUGUCACUUUGCGGAUUGCUUGCACCACCGGGAUGACAACUUCAAGACCCUCAGUCGCAAUGAGCAAGACCGCUCCAAGCCAUUUGAGUCACAGUCGGAUUAUACCAAACACAUGAAGAACGCCCACGACUUCACACACUACCCCUGCACCGUGAGAGGAUGCAGAAAGACUGGCGCCAAGGGUUACGCGAGAGAGAAAGAUCUUAUCAAUCACAGAAAGAAGGACCAUCCUGAGGCGGGAACGUAUGUUCCAGCAACACGAGACAUUAGAAUUACUUGCGCUGGUUGCGGUAAGAGCCUAGGACCUAACAGUGUACACUGGCACAGAUGUUAUCUGGGAUAGGACUUUUUGGGAAUUCCAGGUACAUGAAUUCCGAGCCAUGGCAUGUUUAGUCUAAGUCUUGCUUCGCUUUGCGGAUGGAAGUAAGCUCUUGUAUGGAAGUGGGCGUGGAGGCCACAGUAGAGACGAGAGUGUGAUAGUCGGUCCCUUGAUAGUAAGGCUAUUCCGAUCGGUUUGCAUCUAUGCAAUGUGUCUUCCUUUGAACUCUGUUUGGUUACGUAGAUCGUACUCGUCUGCUUUUCUCUUUUAUCCGAUGAAGUUAUCAAAUUGAAUGGAAU